CAGUCUCAUCAUUCUCUCUCACUUUCUAUUAAAAUCCAAAAGAGAAAACAAACCAAAAACCAGAAUCAAUCAAAAAUGGAGAUACCGGUGAUUGAUCUCUCGAGAUAUUUAGAGAUCGCAGAUAAACUGAGCACUGAUUCGGUUACUUUAUCCGGUCAAAUCGAAGAAGUCGGGUCAUGGCUCGGUGAAUUGUGUAAAGAAGUGAGUCAGAUCCUGAGAGAAACUGGAGCUUUGAUAGUUAAGGAUCCGAGAUGUACCGCGGAAGAUAAUGACAAGUUUAUUGAUAUGAUGGAAAAGUACUUUGAAAGACCUAGAGAGUUCAAGUUACUACAAGAAAGAUCUCACUUGCAUUAUCAGGUUGGAGUGACACCUGAGGGAGUGGAAGUUCCAAGAAGCUUGGUUGACGAAGAGAUGCAAAAGAAGUUAAAAGCAAUGCCCAAAGAGUUCCAACCAUCCACUCCUAGUGGACCGGAUCCUAAAUGGCGAUACAUGUGGAGAGUAGGUCCUCGGCCAUCAAACACUCGCUUUAAGGAACUUAAUUCAGAACCUGUAAUACCUGAAGGUUUUCCUGAAUGGAAAGACACUAUGGACGCAUGGGGUUGCAAAAUGAUCUCUGCAAUAGAGGCUGUUGCUGAACUGGCAGCAAUUGGUUUUGGUUUGUCCAAGGAUGCAUUUACUUCUCUUAUGAAACAGGGACCUCAUCUGCUUGCUCCAACAGGAAGUGAUCUCAGCUGUUAUGGUCAGGAAGGCACUGUCUUUGCAGGGUAUCAUUAUGACCUUAACUUUUUAACAAUUCAUGGCAGAAGUAGAUUUCCAGGUCUAAACAUUUGGCUAAGGAAUGGGCAAAAAAUUGAAGUGAAGGUUCCUUCAGGAUGUCUUCUCAUUCAGACAGGAAAGCAGAUAGAGUGGUUGACUGCAGGGGAAUGCAUGGCUGGCAUGCAUGAAGUUGUUGUCACAAACAGGACAAUAGAUGCAAUCAAAUUAGCAUCACAGCAAAAUCGCAGCCUUUGGAGAGUUUCAUCAACACUUUUUGCACACAUAGCAUCAGAUGCCGUGUUGAAGCCUUUAGGCCAUUUUGUUGAAUCUCCACUGGCCAGCAAAUACCCACUAAUGUGCGCAGGAGAGUUUGUUGAACAGGAGCUUGCGGUGAUCAACCUUAAAGGAAACAAAGUGGAAUCUUGAUAACUUGUCUUAUUUUUUGUUGUUCUAGAGAUGCAAACAUCACCAAAUGGUUGUUGGGAUGAUUUGUUUGCAAUAAAGAACGGAUAUUUGUUGGGAUAGGAGCAUUUAAUUAGCCGUUUCUUAGCAUAUAAUUCUGAUACAUCCCCAUUUUCUUAAAAGUUAAUUUUACAUGGUGCAAAUGUACUGAUAUCAGACCUGAAAGAUCUGUUUAGAUGAUAAAUUUCAAUUGGAAAUGGAUGUUUUACAUUUC